AUGGUUUAAAGCGUCUGUUGGCCAUUCUUCACUCAUGCAGUGUCUGUUAUCAGCGUGAGACAUGCAGGAUCGGUAUAACGAGAUAGGCUUUGUCCAGCAAAUACUCGGUUUGAAUUUAGUGCCGAGAAAAAACGGCACACACGGAGGCAACGACACAUCUCUGAGCGACUUCUCAGAGAUGUGGUAUGGAGUGUUUCUGUGGGCAGCGGUCUCCUCUCUGAUGUUUCACUUGCCUGCAGCUUUGCUCUCCCUCGCCACACUGCGCCAGCACAAGAUGGCCCGAUUCAUGCCCAUUGCCAUCCUCCUCAUGGGCAUCGUGGGACCAGUUUUGGGGGGAGUCCUUACUAGUGCAGCCAUAGCCGGUGUGUACAAGGCAGCGGGGAAGACAAUGAUCUCCUUGGAGGCUCUUGUUUUUGGUGUUGGACAGUCUUUUUGUGUCCUCAUCAUCUCCUUCCUCAGGAUACUUGCAACUCUUUAGCAGUGCUGAGGCCUACUAGGCUGGACCUGAUGUCAAAAGGACCUGAGAUGAACCUGGUGCAGGACUAGAUCCCUGGUGAAUCCUUGGACACAUGUAAACCAGUCUGGCCUGGCACAUGAUGUCAUGUCCUUUUGAUGCACCAUGGUGAAUUUUCCUCAACUGUCAAGGGAAGAGCUGUGUGUAACCCGACGGCGUGCGUUACGCAGUUCUGGACAUUCUGACUUCCUGUCGAGCCGCUGUUGAGCCGUCUGUAUGAUAUUCACUGAAUGUGCUGCAACCAAUGCUGCGUUCGCAUCACAGGACAACAACACACUACAUACAGUAUAAGCUACCAGCCCCAGCAGUGUGCCCCCAGGUCUUUCCUAAGUUGAGUAAAAACCUUAAGUAAUCAUUUAAUAUGUUUUCAGCUGUUCAUGCAGGAUGUGAAGGCAGCGGGGUGCUGUUCUGCCCUGGUGCCAGAGGUUACAGGUUAGCAGUAGGUUGACAAUAUCCUCUCUCAGGGUGUGUGUGUGAGGGGGUGUGUGUGUUUCUUUUAUUCUGUUUAAUCUGACUCCAGUUUGACUCCAUGUGAUGACUGCAGAGAGACAGGAUAGCUGACAGGCUGAUCUACAGGAAAGAUGAUGGUUAUAUGCAAGAUUCUUGCUUUUUCUCUUGAGGCCUUACUUUCUAUUUUCUGACUUCCAAAGUGGUGUUUAUCUUCAGGGCAGUCUUUCUUUAACAUUAUUUCUCUCACUGCCCUUUUUUUGUUCUUCCUCAUAUUUUUUUGUUCAAAUUAUUACAAGUCUGACUUUACAUGUGUUAUUGUUAGUUCAGAAUUAUUUAUAAGAUCCUACAUGUUUCUCUUUGUCUGUUUUAGCUACAGUAUACAGCAGAAGGGAGUACUCCAAACGCUAUCACUUCUCAAUAACUGCAUUAUUUGCACGCUGAACAGUAAAGUGUUACCUCUAAUGAACAAUCAUGGCAAAUACUUUAGACUGCUAGAAACACAAAGCAAUAAAAUGGCACUCCUGUAAUUUCCAAACUGCGUAAUUAUGGUUCUAAAAUGAGCUGUGAUCACUACAACGUUCUCAGUUUUGGACCAAUGGGCUAUGUCCUUUUGCAUGUGUGUGUCAGAAGAAUUCAAAAAUGUGUUUUAAAAUCUAAGCCAUAGCCACAGUACCACUAAUCAGGGCUGAAGGGGUCGUCCACCUAACAUGAAUGGAAAAACAGUGCAUUGCCUACACAGUUGAAGCUUGAUGAAUAUUGGGGCUCAUUCUUUAGUCAGAUGAGACCAAGAUAAAUGUACGUGGCUCAGAUGAGGUCCAACAUGUUCCGUAUGAACCUGACAAGGAGCACCACAGAGAAGCAUGGAGGUGGGGCUGUUUGAGUGGAACAGGUGUUGGAGAGAUGACGCUUGUAGAUGAGUAAUACCUGUGUAAUGUCAUGCAUGCCUGUGGGUAAACCAAAAUACUGACUGACAAGCUGCAGAAGCUUGGCAGAAGAGAAAUAUUCCACCAUGACAAUGAUCCCAAGCACUCUACCAAAAUUACACAAGGGUGGAAGCAAUGACUCUUGAGUUGAAUCCAGUAGAACAGAGGAGAGCAGGCUGAGCAACACAAAUCAGCAGAGUAGCUGAAAAAAGAAAAAAAAAACAGUCUGAAGAAUGAAAACAUCUCCAGAAUUUUGGUAUCCUUCAUGCAGAGAAGAACUGCGCCACUCAUCCAAAAUAAAGGUGGACAUCAGAAGUAUUAUAAAAUAAAUAAAUAAAAGCUUUGAAUGUCAGUAAUGACUGACUUUAGUUAAAUUGAACCCCCACUGUUAAGCCUGUAUUCUUAUUUACAGAAAUCUAAACUGUUAGCUUUCAGUCUUAGAGUGCAAAUACUCCACUGCUCAACCUAGAAAUAAUGCAGCUAUCGAGAGGUGAUACACUCUUGACUCAUUUGACAUUUAGGUGAUAUUUGACAAGGCUGUACUCAUUUCUCUUGCAUAUUGUAAUUUAGUGAAGACAGGAAUAGAAGCUACGAGGGUCUUAUAGACCUGUGUGUUUCAUCCUGACCACAGCCCUGCAAUUGCAGCCUAGAGAGUCUUCAGAGUUUCUUUGCUCACCUCAUCUUGGUUGUUUGUUUGUUAGGACGUUUCAGUGAGGGGGCUCCAGGUUGGUCAGGUUGCUAAGCAAACCCAAAAACAUAUGAGCUUUUAAUGUUUUCUUUUCUCUCUUUGAAUAAUAGUAUGUUUCACAAGUUUGUCAUUUUGUGACAAUGAACUGAUUUGUAUAUAUAUUCUGAAUUAUUUCCAAGUCUUUGUGGCUUUUCAAUCUUUAUGACCAAAUAUGUAUUGCUAAUUUAUUUUUCUGCACUAAAUGUGCAUACUAUGCGUCAACAGAUGUGUAUUUUCUUGCGGUUUCUAUGGGCUCAAUAAACUCCCAAAUUCCCAUAAUCUUCACUGACUACUUUUAGUUGCUUCUUGGAGCUGAAGAUGCUUUUGAAUUUGCAUAUACGAACA